AUGCCGGGAGGUGCUUUAUAUGUAACGCGGUGUUAGCUGUAAGCUGCCAGUGCAGAGUUCAUAAUCGGAGGGACGGUGUGAGACAAUGGCGGAAGGGGACAACAGGAGUACCAAUCAGCUGGCCGCAGAGACUGCCAGCCUUGAGGAGUAUUUUCAAGGAUGGGGUGAAGUAAUUCUGGUCACUGAUCGCGUUGUUCGUUGGGAGAAACCCUGGUUCCCAGCAGUUAUUAUAGGAACUGUUUCUUUUCUAUUUCUGAUGAUCUAUUACUUGGACCCAUCUGUCCUCUCUGGUGUAUCCUGCUUUGUCAUGUGCAUGUGUCUGGCUGAUUAUCUUGUUCCAACACUUGCUCCCAGGAUCUUUGGCUCAAACAAAUGGACCACUGAGCAGCAACAAAGAUUCCAUGAGAUUUGCAGCAACCUUGUAAAAACACGAAGGAGAAUUGUUGGUUGGUGGAAACGUUUGUUUGUUCUGAAGGAGGAAAAACCCAAAAUGUACUUUAUGUCAAUGAUAAGUGCACUUGCUGUGGUUGCAUGGAUUGGGCAGCAAGUCCAUAACCUAUUGCUCACAUUUCUUAUUGUGAGCUUUCUACUCAUGCUUCCGGGCCUCAACAAACAUGGCAUUAUCACAAAGUACGUUGGAAUGGGAAAGCGAGAAAUAAACAAAUUGCUCAAGCAGAAAGAAAAGAAGAACGAAUGAGAGAUUUUGCUCUGUUCAAAGUGGAAGCUUCAGCGGGAUCAUUUUUUUUUUUGUCUGAAAUAUUUGUGUAUUGGAAGGAGAAAUGUCUGACUUUUCCCAGUAACUGCCAAUGCUGUAUCGUUCUUUUUAAACUGGUUGCACUGAAACUUUUCACGUUUCUUUAGUGUACAGUGUCAAGAUUCCUUGAAGAGUAUUUUAUUAACCUGCUGUAACAAUGGUCUGUCCUGUUUCUGAAUUCAGCUGUCACGAACGCAAGAACCCCUCUUUCUCAUUUAUUUGUCUUUUUUGUAAAUAAUUUCCAUGUCUGUGUAAUGCUGUUGUUUUUUGGUUGUCGUCUUCCUGUUGUGAAUUAAUGUAAUAAAACUAGGUCAUUAAAGUAA